AGGCGAGUAGUGGCUCCUUUUAGCUUCGUAUAUAAAUUCUCUUAUUCCAUGUCCAUUCCCACUACCAAUCCGUCUGUCAGGUAGUUGCGGACUAGGUUUUGAUUAAUGCCUUGCUUGCUUACUGACAGUGCCCAUUGUGAUAGUACUGACAGUGAACACUGGACGAAUUCGCUCGUUCGUCCGGCAAAAGAUACGCGGCCGCAGACCGAGGAUGUGACGGCCACCAAAGGCAAUGACUUUGAAGAUUAUUUUCUAAAGCGAGAGCUCUUGAUGGGCAUCUUCGAAGCUGGGUUCGAACGUCCCUCUCCUAUCCAAGAAGAAGCGAUUCCCAUUGCUCUGACGGGUCGUGAUAUUUUGGCCAGAGCUAAAAACGGUACCGGCAAGACCGCCGCCUUUGUUAUCCCGACGUUGGAGAAAAUCAACAACAAGAAAGCGAAAAUUCAAGCGUUAUUGUUGGUUCCCACCCGUGAGUUGGCGUUGCAGACUUCCCAAGUUUGCAAAACGCUCGGCAAACAUUUGGGAAUUCAAGUCAUGGUCACGACAGGUGGUACAACAUUGAAGGAUGAUAUCAUGCGCUUGGCUGAUCCGGUGCAUGUGGUGGUCGGUACACCCGGUCGUAUUUUGGAUCUUGCCUCCAAGCAUGUCGCCGACUUUAGUGAAGCAACCACGUUCGUGAUGGACGAAGCAGAUAAACUGUUGUCGCCCGAAUUCACCCCCGUCAUUGAACAGCUUAUUUCAUUCUUCCCCAAGGACCGACAGAUUAUGCUCUUCAGUGCCACUUUUCCCAUCAUUGUCAAGGAUUUCAAAAACAAGUUCUUGGUCAAACCUUAUGAAAUCAACCUCAUGGACGAAUUAACCCUACGCGGUGUCACGCAAUACUAUGCCUAUGUCGAAGAGCGGCAAAAGGUUCACUGCUUGAAUACAUUGUUUUCAAAGCUUCAAAUCAAUCAAUCCAUUAUCUUUUGUAAUUCCACCAACCGCGUCGAACUUUUAGCAAAAAAGAUCACUGAAUUGGGUUACUCUUGUUUCUAUUCUCACGCCAAAAUGCUGCAGAGUCAUCGUAAUCGCGUUUUCCACGAUUUUAGAAACGGCGUAUGCCGAAACCUCGUAUGCUCAGAUCUGUUGACGCGUGGUAUUGAUAUUCAAGCGGUCAAUGUGGUGAUUAACUUUGAUUUCCCAAAAAAUGCGGAAACUUAUCUUCAUCGUAUUGGCCGUUCCGGCCGUUUUGGUCAUUUUGGGUUGGCAAUCAAUCUGAUCACAUAUGAAGAUCGGUUCAACUUGUACAAGAUUGAGCGUGAGUUGGGUACGGAGAUUCAACCUAUUCCACCGGUGAUUGACAAGCGUCUGUACGUGGCCCCCAGUGCGCUGGAAGAUGCACAGGUCCAACAGCCGGACCGUCAGGCAGCGGUAGCGAUUCGCCAGCAACAACAACAGCAGGAACAACAGCAGCAGCGACAGCAAUAUAAUCGACCACAACAGCCACAACGACAACCUCCUUCUAACUAUCAACAAGCACCGUAUCAGCAUCAACCACAUCCUCAACAGCCAAAUUUUCAACAGCACGCACACUAUGACCCACGUAACAACGGACAUCAUUCCGCAAGGGGACGUCCUAUGGGCAGAGGUAGAGGCCGAUCCAGGCCAAUGGUUUAGACAUUGAAAAUCCAUCACGUGCCUGAUUUGUUUUUCGCUCGGAUCUUCCAUCACGGGG